ACAAAUCCAAUCCUCAUCGUCUCCUAUCUCCGCCCUAAUUCCUAACCUCUUCUUCUUCUUCAGUUUGAAUAAUUCCCAACAAAUUUAAAAAAGGCUUUGAAAUUGCCCAACUCAACGCAAACCCUACCCCUAACUCUCAGUCUCACAUUGCUCUUUGUGUUCGUGCACUCCGCCAGGUAGAUUCAUUUCAGAUAGUCAUAUUAUUCAGUCGUAAAUUUUCAAGUCAACUUGUAUUUUAUGAAACAAUUUUCAGAUCAGGCAUGGUACGUGGGGGUGUAUAUGCUCGAUUCAUUGGGUGUAUGGGUUAUACAAUGUGUUGAUUGAGGGGAAAGGAUUUAAUCAAUGGCAGAAUAUGUGGCUUCUUCUUCAUGUAUCAAGCUGCAUAUGCAGAGAGGUUGCGUCAGAGAGGAGGGAUUCAAACCCAGGAAUGUACAUUUCCGGAUGGUACAAAGGAAGUAUUUCUAUGCAAACUGGAACUCUAGUUGGUUGCCUACAUGGAAAAUGAAGGAGCUCAAUGUUCCUAGAAAGUCAAAACUGUAUGCAAGUCCUUGUCUCAGGAAGCAUUCCUUUAAGUGUUCUUGUUUGGGGUCCUUGGUAAAUCCUGAAUCUGCAACCGCCUCUGAGUGGGUGCCAAUUGUCGAUCAAGUGCUUCUGAUGGCCAGUAUAUUUCUUACAUAUAUGGCUGGAAUUAUCCCUGUUGAUAAAUCUUAUCAAAAGGACAUCUCCAGUGACAAUGUGGUUCCGGAGAGCCCAUCCUCAUCUGGUAGUGGAACAACUAAUGAGGACCAAGUUAAUUCAAAGUAUGCCUUGGAUGUGGUAAAGGAGAAACUUUUGAAUACUUUAGAUGCAUUUGAACGUACAGCCAACAUAGGAAACAUGGUUCUUGAAUAUGAUGAACGCCGUGCAAAACGACCUUUGAAUUUGAGUGCUCUUGCUGAUGGUCCAAGGAUAAGAUUACUCUGGGCUUCUUUUCAGCGUAUUGAGGAUGAGGUGAAUGAUGUCUCAAACUCUGGAACUUUUAACAUGGACAAUAGGUUGACUGUUUUUUCUGAAAUAAUUCAGAAAACCUGUGGGCCUGCAUGCAUGACUUGGCUGGAAAGAGAGCUUUGCCUUUCAAACAAUAAUUCUCAUGCAUUGGUUUCUAUACUACGUGCAAAGUUGAAGGGAGACGAUCGUGUUCUGAACAUUAGGAAGUCAGGCAAGGAAGACUUAUAUGCAGAUUUAUUGUGCUUUCUUUGUUUUGGUUCUAUAAGGGAGGGUUGGUGUUAUGAUCGUAGUCUGUUUCUUUUGAAUGGAAUUUCAAUAUUGGAAGAUUUGGUGAUAACUUUAGCAGAUGAGAUUGCAGGAAUAUAUUUAGAGCUUAUUUCUGUUGACAGCAAUCUCUCAAGUGAAAUGCAUAGCAUGUGCUUGGCAAUUUGUACUUUAUCAACCCGAGAUCUUCAAAGAUUACGUAAUGAGGUGGCUUUGAACCAGUGGCUGUAUCAAAAUAUGGACUCAGUUACAUCAAUGUACGAGGAUCGCUUUGACCUACAUACGCUUCAAAGCCAACUAAUCAAGGAACCAGGCAAUAGGCAUUCAGAAAAUCAAUGGUGGAAGAGGUUUACACAGAAAAAAUCUGAAACUGGAUCAUCUUCAUAUUACGCUGUGAUAAGCCAAUUCUCCAUGCCUGUAAAGCGGACAAAAGAAUUGAGGGCCCUGACAGGGUGGAGGUAUUACUUCAGCCUAUUCCUAGAGUUAUCCGACAUCAGCAUGCCAUUGAUUAGAGCUGUUGUUAACAAAGUCAGCAAUGCUCUCUCGUUCUUUUUAGUCACCUUGAUUGGACGCUCAUUAGGACUCAUAUACACCGGAAUUAGGCAGUCCCUCCGAUGGAAGUGAGAUAAAACGAAAUAAGGGUACAUUUCUUUACACUGCUUACUGCACUAUCCCGUUCCCCACAUUUUCUUGCUGUGGUGGUAGUCAGUUAGAAGAAUUUGAUUCAAAUAUCAUGUCAGAUUGCAAAAUUCAAUUUUGUAUGGACCAUUUAGGCACACCCCAUAUCUCCAUUGUUUGAGAAUCUGAGAUUAGAAUCAAUUCAAAGUUAACAUCAAUUUUGAUAGACUCUCAUCAGAUUCUGUCCAGACUAGUUAACUGGCAAAUAUGAGAAUAAUCUUUCAUAUUA